AUGAAUAUUCCAAACCUUUUCGUCGGCUGUUCUAUCAUUCAAGGCGUUCUUCACUCAUCACUUGAAUGUUUUUUUGAUCAAGGAUGUCUAGAUGCAGUUCAAUGGGCAAUUAUUUCUAUAUACUCGAUAGAUAUACCCAUUUUAGAAGCAAAUACUACUCGAUUUUUACCUCAGACAUUGAUUGGUGCCUUGCUCGAUGCAUUAAUGGUUGAACAGUGGGGUGAACUUAUUCAAUAUGAUCAAUAUUAUGCGCAAUGUGCACCCAAACUAUGCUCGUAUACAUAUAUUGCGCAUAACAAUGCAUUAUAUGUAUUUACAGUAUUAGUCGGCUUAUUUGGUGGACUUACAGCUGCAUUAAAAUUUCUUGUUCCAACUUUUGUCGGGUUUAUACGAAAAAAAAUGCGGCCAAAAGUUCCACAGAUGACUGACAUUCAAUCAGAUCGUCACCCGACAUUCGCCAAUCGUCUACGGCUCCUUCAGCAACAAUUCAAGAAGAAACUACUCGAACUAAAUCUAUUCGAAAGUGACGUAACACGACAAGAUAUUAACCUUACUCAUACCGAAAUUAUUUCUACUCGUUUCUAUAUUUUGUGUCUGAUUAUUUCGAUUGUCAUUCUGAUGACUUACACAUCCUUGGCUAUUGAAACAAAAUAUUUUAUCGUGCACAAUCCAUCAAAAAUGACAUUUGAACAGUUACAAUCCAAUCGAAAAUAUUCGGCCACAUUAGAGUGUCCUUGUCAGAAUAUUUCUAUCCCAUAUGGUUCAUUUAUUUCAAUUUCACCUCAUUUUCAUCAACUCUGUUCAAGUGAUUUUAUCUCAAAUUCUUCAGCUUGGCUCAAUUUACUAUUUUAUGAUGAGGCUGCUCUCAAUUAUUCUUAUGAUAAUUAUCGUCUCUUUGCCGUCCCUCAGUUUCAAUGGCUUACUUCAUUGUGUAGCCUGGUGAAUGACACACUCUCACAGGGAUUGAUUCAAUUCACUUCGAGCACAUUUGUCUCUAAAUAUCUACAAUCUCAAGAAAAUAUUGAAAUUCAAGCAACUGCAGCCAUCGAUCAGUUUCGCUUAGCAACACCUCGAACAUUUGUACGUUUACUCGAUUUUAUUCGAUACAUGGCACAAGGAAAUGAGAUUGUUCAUCGAGACUAG